AUGAUUAACCUCAGUAGUACGUGCUCACGAAAAGCAACAGAUCUCAGUGUGCGGGUGAGCAGGCCGUUACCGCGCAGUUCGCCCCGCGUUGAUGUUCCCGCCGAACCCCAGCCUGCUUGGCCUCUGGCCGUCGCGCUGGCGCCGUCCGCGACGCCCGUGGGCGCCGCGAAACCGCACGUCGUUUCCUCUGCGGCGUCGGUCCGCGGGCGCUUCCUGCGCCUCCGCGGGGGGGGGGGUGCGGCUCGCGGCUUUGUCCUGUUCGGCCGCAGGCCUUCCGAGCUACCGGCAGGCGGAGUUAUGCAGGCGAGGCGGCGCGGGCGCGGGGGCGGCGGCGGGCGGCGGCGGGCGAACGUGGGUGAGCCGAGCGCGGUUAUGUCAGUUGCGGAGGGCGAGGUGAUAAGACGCGAGAAGUGCAGUGCGAUACACGACACGUCGAAGUGGGGCGACUGUAGAAAUCAUAAAUUGAAGCUUAUCGUUGCAUGUUUCCGUGCAUGUCAAGCUGAUACAGUCCGCUUAGCUCCCACCUUUCCUCAGGAUGCACCGAAGCGAAUCAGAGUGGUGCAUCAGUCGGUGACUCAGCGCUGGCAGCCGCUGGAGACCCGCGCGCUGUCCCACGACGUCCGACCGACACUGACGCCAGAACCCUUCGCCCGCGCACGGGAGCAGCAAAGUGAUCGUUGUGUAACGGUUUAUAGGUCCUCGAGUGUUCACUCGCAAUUUGUCCAACGAGCACCAGUAGCCCUUCGUGUGGCAGGUGCGCUGGUGCGGCGGAGUCGAGCCCUGCGUGCGGCACCGCACCUGCGCUCCGACGGCGAAAAAGGCUUCUCCGACGCGAUUGGCUCCUGCUGCGUCCCGUGGACCGCGGGCGCAGCUGCGUCGCCGUCUAGCGACGAAGCCACGCGGCUUUUGAGAGAAGCCUUGAAGUACUAUGGCAGCAGACUUACUGAGUAUGAAAGGAAUGAAGUGGAGAAUUAUUCAGAAAUUUGGUACCUAGGCCUUGAUGCAUGUAAAAUUCAUGGUGAUGAAGUAGCAUCACAAAACGGUGGAUAUGAUGAUGAUAAUGGCAGCUACAAUAAGGUUCUUCAUGACCACAUACUGUACAGAUAUGAAAUCCUUGAAGUCAUUGGUAAAGGCAGUUUUGGUCAAGUGAUUCGAGCAUUGGACCACAAGACAAAUCAACAUAUAGCAAUUAAAAUCAUUAGGAACAAGAAAAGAUUUCAUCAUCAAGCUCUCAUUGAAGUUCGCAUUCUUGAUCACUUACGUAAGAAGGAUAAGGAUGGUAGUCACAAUGUAAUUCACAUGCUGGAUUAUUUCUACUUCAGAAAUCAUUUAUGCAUCAGUUUUGAAUUAAUGAGUCUGAACCUGUAUGAACUGAUUAAGAAGAACAAUUAUCAAGGAUUUAGUUUGAGUCUGAUUCGACGCUUUGCUCAUUCAUUAGUGCGUUGUCUGCAGUUGCUGCAUAAGGAAAAUAUCAUUCACUGUGAUCUUAAACCUGAAAAUGUGCUGUUGAAACAAAGAGGCAGCAGUUCAAUAAAGGUAAUCGAUUUUGGAAGUUCAUGUUAUGCCCAUCAACGAGUAUACACAUACAUCCAGUCAAGAUUUUAUCGAUCUCCAGAAGUCAUUCUUGGGCUACCAUAUGGAACUGCUAUUGACAUGUGGAGCCUUGGAUGCAUUCUUGCUGAGCUUUACACAGGAUACCCUUUGUUCCCCGGGGAGAACGAAGUGGAACAAUUAGCUUGUAUCAUGGAAGUCCUAGGAGCUCCUCCUGAAGACGUAAUCAUGAAUGCGUCUCGAAGAAGGCUGUUUUUUGACUCUAAGGGAAAUCCACGGUGUAUUACCAACAGUAAAGGUCGCAAGCGGAAGCCUGGCUCCAAAGAUCUCUCUUUGGCAAUCAGGUGCAAUGAUGCCCUGUUCGUAGAUUUCAUUGCUCAAUGUCUCCAGUGGGAUGCCAAGAAACGAAUGACUCCUGAUGAGGCAAUGCGUCAUGAAUGGAUUCAGAUGUCUUCCACAAUUCAGCAACAAGAGCUAAGAAGAUCUCCAUCUGAAGUUCCAAGCAGUCAGUCACAGCAGCAACAACACCAGCUCCUUCACCAGCAACAUCAGCAGCAGCAACAGCAACAUCAGCAUCACCAUCAACAGCAUCAAGCACAGCAACAGCGUCACUUGGACAGUGACUCUGUACAGCAACAGUACUCAUUGUACCGCCUAUACAGAGGCAAGAAAUGUGUGUCAAAACUCCUGGAUCCCCUCCCAGGAAAUGAAGCGGACAGCAGCUCUUGUGCCGGUUCCGGCAAACCAAAACUCAACGGCCUCAGCAGUGCCAGCAGCAGCAACCGCAGCACGGGCCAUGCGAUUACUGAUCUUCUGGCAUCCCUCGACACCAAUCUCGAUGAUUCAGGGACUUUCCUGCCACCUAUUCUGUGAACAAACAGUUUGGCCAAAUACAUUAGGAAAAUGUGGCCUCUUUCAGACAGUAAUUCGUGAGCCUACAAUAGGUUUCAUUUGUCGGUGAGUGAUCAGUGUGAAAAUGUAUCAUUCACUAGAUCUGUAUCGAAUGUGAUAAAUGCAGACUGGAAAGUCAGGUCAAUUGAGACCACAAAUGGAGUAGAGGUGAUUCACUAUGAGUGUAACUACUAAGUAGAUUGUAUACAGUAAACAGACUUGAUGACUGCAAAAUGUUAUUGGACAUUGUGAGUGUAGCAUUCUUGCUGUCAUUACCACCUAUCAUCUGCAUAUAUCAAACCUAUUUCUUUUUGUGAUUUUAACUCCAGGCAUGUCCUUAUUGUACCCCAAUCUGUCAAUUUGUGUUGGGCAUUGUAAGAGCCUCUAGUUACCAACUGUGUACAGUGUUUGUCUCGAAACCUUUUUCUGUGGUGUAGUUGUGAGAAGAUAUACGGUGUUUCCAUCAGUGAAACAGCUCAGCCAAUAGAAAUAAAAUUAAGAAAAUUUGUGUGAGUAGAACACAUUAUUUUGGAAUAACUAAAUACAGACAUUUCUAUCUCCCUUUUAUCUAGAAUCACUAUCCCACAUUCAAAGCAUGUACAUCUCUCUCUCUCUCUCCAUGAACCAUCUUAUGAAUAGUGAGAAGCACCAAAAAUGACUUCAGACAGCUCCACACUAAUUUUUCAUAGAGUAUCAUAUUUCAAAUUUUACAUAAAAUUCAUAGUUCACUUUUUUCUCCCUCCCCUCCUCCCCCAGUUUAAUUUUUUCCAAGUUUUUUAGUUAAAAUAUUUUGAGAUCUAAUCAUACAUAAAUAACUCAUUAUCAAUAAAUAAAUACUUCUAUACUGGUUUUUGGGUACAUUUGACUGUGCAGAUAAUUUUUCAGAUUUAAUUGUACAUAGAUUUAUGUCACAUUAAGCCAUGAGAAUCCAGAAUAUUUGAGUUCAAGGAAAGAAUGGAGCUUUGCUGGAAGCAACCAAUUCAUAAAGUGUGUGGAAAAUCAUACAAAUAGCUAUGCUUGACUGCCAAUAUCAUUCAAAUUUUAAAUAUUUUAGUAUGAAUGAAAGCUAUUUUUAUGAAGCAAUGAAUAACAGAAGAAUUGAAGAAAUAACAAGAAAAGGUAGAAAAUCAGUGAAACAUUGCUUUGGAAUUAUUAGCUUUAUGACAAAUAGUUUAACGAUCAUGAUAUAGAGUUAAAAUAAUUCAAAUUUGUUGGAUUACUCAUUUUUCUGGAAACUCGUUUAGUCCAUGACAAGAUUGCUGCUGUUACCAGUGAUUUGCUUCUCUCUUUUUUAUUUUAAGACUGGAUUAUUCUUUUAUCAUCCUUUACUGAAUGUUUACUCCAUGUUGAACCCUGUGUGAUAUUUUUACUUAAAUAAGUGUAACAGUUUAGCUGUACCAGUUUAACUUCAUGCUGAUAUAUUAAGAUGCACAAAAUGAUUGUGCAUUAUAUAAUUAGUGUAAAAAGUGCAAUUUCCUUCUCUCGAAAGUGGAAAGUGUAUGAAGCCUGUGAAACAGUGACUGUGCUACAAACUUUUACAUGGUCUACACAGAUCUUUUAAUAGCCUAUAGUGGCAGAGUUUGUUGAAUAAUGAACAGUGAAGUAUGAACAGUACAUUUAGUUCAGUGAAUUGUCCUGUAGACAAUCAGUCAUAAAACCAAUAAUUUUGUUGAGAAAUAUGUUAAUCAUGUAAUUUCAACAUAUGUGCACAUAGAAAUUAUUAAGUACCUAAGGAUGUGUUAAUUUUUUGUUUUAAGGCAUAAACUAUUGUAAUUUUCUUUGAACGCAAUUUCUCAGGUGUGAUUUAUGUUUGACUGCAAACCAUGUCAUAUUGCAGAAGACUACAUGUUGCCUGAUUCUUAAAUAUGAAAUUUAAAUCAAGAGAAGAUAAGACAAUAUAUUUAUGAAUAUAUACAGAAAGAAAUUUAUAAUUGCAUGUGGUGUUCUCAUUCACUGAAUUUAGGUAAUUGGAUUUGAUAUUUUGUCUCACUUCACUUAUUUUCUUAAUGCUUUUUAUUCAAUUUUAAUAUUAAAUCCUUGGUACCCAUUUACGAUAGCUCAAAGCUAUUCAUGUAACAUGGGAGUGAACUCAUUUUAUGGUCUCAAGAUUCGUGUAUUCUUUUGCAAAGUCAACACCUGUGAUACAGAUUUAUAAUUGUAAUAAUGGCCCUAUUACAUAUCUUCGGGUGACUACUGCUUCAUUGGACAGCAAAUGCAUAUUGAAAAUCUUUCAAACUGACACAAUAUUUUAAUUACAAAACAGCAUUGAUAUUGUAUUUAUUGUUAAUCCAAUCAUUUGGAUUCACAGUUAGAUUGUUGAAAUAUUGAAGUGGUAGGUAAAUCCUAAACAGCUUAAUAUGAAACUAAAAUAAUUAUAAGUAUUACAGUAAAUAUAUAUGCCCUAUAUUGUGUUUGAAUUGAAAUAUGUGUUCCUUCUUUUUAUGAAUUAAAAUUAUGAAUGACAAAACAA